AUUAAUACGAUCGACACUUCAUCGGGGUUUGCGCUGAGUGGUACGCUCCGCAGCGAAAUCUUAUGAUCUGCAUAAAAAGGGAGAUCGGGGAGUUGCUUGAGUUACUUUGGGAGAAGUUUGCAUCUGUCAGAAGUAGUGAUACCAUCCACAAAGCAUGUCGAAGGGCGGGGGAAUCUCCGAGGAGAAGGACGCCACGGCCGAGAUCCAGAAGAUCUGUGACGAGAUGAAGCCGCACGCAGAGGAGAAAGCCGGCAAGACGUUUGACGUGUUCACUGCAAAGAAGUACACAACUCAGGUGGUGGCAGGCACCAACUUCUUCAUCAAGGUGCAUGUGGGAGGCGAUGACUUCGUGCACCUGCGUGUGUACCGGACGCUGCCCCACGCUGGCGAGACGCUGUCCCUGGACAGCCUGCAGAUGUCCAAGACGCAGCACGACCCCAUCGGGCACUUCUGAUUUCCCACAAUUCCCUGGGCCUUCCUCAGAAGCCACGCGGACGGCUGCCCUGCACUGCGUCCUUGCGCCCUUCCGAAAUGAGUGCUUUUACCAAUGAAUAAAAAUACAUGA